UAGAACAAAUACGCAUUAGCCAAGUGUAAAUGCAGGUGCAGUAGGCUGAUCAUCAUUGCAAGCCAAACCCUGACUGUGAAGGGGUUUAUUUUGCAACACUGAAAAGCUGGCUGUGCAUUAUUGUAAUUAUUACAUGGCUGCUUACCAAUGGAACCAACAAGUUGAGAGAUAACAUGAAUCUGAAACAAUUGUAUCGUUGGUUUGGAUACAUGCGCAUUGCUCCCUGUGGCAAUAGUCAGUUAUGCAGACCAGAAAAGUCCUUGAAUGCCUAAACUGAGCGGAACUGCGCGUUCCACAGAGCCAUGGAAUAAUUACAUGUGAAAGCAGCUCAUAGAGCGAUGUGAAUGAGCCGUUAGUGUUUGACCUUUACUGAUCCCCCAGGCUCUCUCACUUCCUCUUCAUGCUACGGAACUGGGCAACCCGCAGGCUUCGUGGUGAGGAAGUGAGGCCUAACUCCUUCCUGGAGCGCCUCCGCGGCCCAGAGCUGAAGGACCUGAGCAGUCGGGGCAGUAACGCAGAGUCCUCUCUGGGGCCGCCAGACAGGCCUAGAAAGAGGAAUAAUACCAAUCAUUGGCCCCUGGCCACUUACAACAUGAACAACUGCAACAACACAGACGACAAAAAAGAUGACGAGAUAAAGAAAGAUGAGAAAAAAGAUGAUGAGAAAAAAGACGGGGACAAGAAGGAGGAGGAGAAAAAAGAUGAGAAGGCAGACGACAAGAAGGAUGAAAAAAAGGAUGAAAAGAAGGACGACAAAAAAGAUGACAAAAAAGAUGACAAAAAGAAAGAGGAGCCAAAGAAGGAAAUCUGGAUCAUGGACCCAGCGACAGACCUAUACUAUAGGUGGCUUACAGUCAUUGCCAUGCCAGUAUUUUUCAAUCUUAUUAUGCUUGUGACAAGGGCCUGUUUUAAUGAACUCCAGGACAACUACACCAUACUGUGGAUUGUAUUGGAUUACACUUCAGAUCUGAUCUACUACCUGGAUACUUUUGUCAAAGCAAGAACAGCAUAUCUGGAACAAGGAUUACUUGUUAAAGACUCCAAGAAAUUGCGAGACAAUUAUAUGAAGAAACCCAUCUUCAAAUAUGACGUGCUGGCAAUGCUUCCAACUGAUAUCCUGUUUCUCAGAUACGGCUACGACUUCCCUGAGUUGAGAUUUAACCGUUUGUUCAAAAUGUCUCGGCUCUUUGAGUUCUUUGAGCGCACUGAAACCAGAACAAGCUUUCCCAACGUGUUCCGAAUCAGCAACCUUGUGCUUUACAUCCUGAUCAUCAUCCACUGGAACGGCUGCCUGUUCUUCGCCAUCUCAAAAACCCUGGGCUUUGGCACAGACACCUGGGUGUAUCCUAACAUCAGCCAUCCCGAAUACGGUCGCCUGGCCAGGAAGUACAUCUACUGCUUGUACUGGUCCACGCUCACGCUCACCUGUAUCGGAGAAGUCCCACCUCCCGUCAAAGAUUUAGAGUAUCUGUUUGUCGUAGGUGACUUCCUUGUGGGUGUGCUGAUUUUCGCUUCCAUUGUCGGUAACGUCGGUGCCAUGGUCUUGAACAUGAAUGCCUCCCGAACAGAUUUUGCGACUAAGGUGGACUCCAUUAAGCAAUACAUGCAGUCCCGUCAGGUCGACAAGGACCUGGAGGGCCGUGUCAUCAAGUGGUUUGACUACCUCUGGACCGAGGGCAAAACCUGUGAUGAGAAAGCUGUGCUGAAACACCUCCCGGACAAGCUGAAGGCAGAGAUUGCCGUCAACGUGCACUUAGCCACUGUGCAGAAGGUGCGCAUCUUUCAGGAUUGCGAGGCCGCUCUGCUGAUCGAGCUGGUGCUGAAGCUCCAGCCGCAGGUGUUCAGUCCUGGGGACUACAUCUGCAAGAAGGGCGACAUCGGCAGAGAGAUGUACAUCAUCCAGGACGGGAAGCUGGCUGUGGUUGCCGAUGACGGCAUCACACAGUUUGUGGUCCUGGGAGAGGGCGCGUACUUCGGGGAGAUCAGCAUCCUGGGAAUCAAAGGUAGUAAGGCAGGCAACAGGAGAACCGCCAACAUCAGGAGCGUGGGUUACUCCGACCUCUUUGCCCUCUCUAAAGAUGACCUGAUGGAGUCACUCACCGAGUACCCAGAUGCCAAGAAGGCCUUGGAGGAGAAGGGAAAAGCCAUAUUGAUGAAGGAUAACCUGAUUGACGAGGCCAUUGCAAAUGCGGGAACAGACCCGCUAAUCCUUGAUGAUAAGAUUAACCAUCUGCAGAAAAACGUUGAUGCUGUGACAGUCCAGUUUGCCAGACUCAUGGCCGAGCAGGUGUCCACGCAGACCAAGCUGAGGGACAGGAUCAGGGGCAUGGAAGCGAAGGUGAAGUCACUGAACAAGGACGACAAAUCUGAGGUGGUCGCGGAAAAAAAAUAACUGAAUGUGCCACUAUACUGUCACAACAGAGACACUUAUGUUGUUUUGUAUUUGUAAGUAUAUUCAUCUAUAGUGUUGCUAUUCAACAGUUUGUAUUCGUGUCUAUUUGUAAAUGAUGUGUUCAUGGUAACUGAGCAUUACAGAUCAACCAAUUACUUGUAAUGUGGAUUUUCCAUGGGUUUCGUCAAUAUGCAGUAACUCUGAACUUGAAUGCUGAGUGUCUUUGCACCAUGUCAUCCUACCCUUAAGGCUGAACUUGGGUAAGGAGUGCUGAAAAAAUUGCAUUGUUCAGGGAACAUCAACUUUGAAGGAUUUUCUUGUAGCAACUUCUGUAAACUUUUCUAAAGUGUAUAGUUUCUGAAAUGGCUAUCUUCUGAUGACAUUCAAGUGUGAUACCACAUGCUAAAAAUGUUUAAAAUAUAGAAACUACUAUCAGAACAUUUUGCUGUUGUUUCCACAUAAUCGCCACAAUGUUGUACAUAGUUUGUAUUAUGGAAGAGGUGAUUUCGUGAAUAAACUCUGUCUAUUUGCUGUGUUUAUAAUCACAAUCUGACAGAGACAUAAAAUUGUCCCGGUGUUAUACUAAAUAUGUCUAUUUAGAUUGAUGGAAGCUCGCCUGUCUAAAUAUGCUGAAGUGAAUAAAUAAUUUACUAAGUUUCACUUCUUUCCAUAUUUGUCUUUAUGUAAUACACAUUGCGCACAGCACAUACACAUCAUGUGAUGUUUCUUCACAGGUUCAGGCCCUGGGCUCUAUAAAGCGCCUAUACACAAUUGUAUUGUUUUGGCGCUAUAUAAAUUAAAUUGAAUUGAAUUAAAUGUAAUCAUCAGCCAUAAAUAAGUAGAUUACAACCUCUGUAUGACCUGAAACUAUCAGGCCAGUCUGACCAUAGAGAAACUACAGUAUAUAAGUAAUUAAAGAAUUAAAACAAAAAAAAACAACAAAAA